AUGCAGAGCUCUGGCAUCUACCUUCAAUCUGAAUUUGGUAAGAAAUCAGCUAAAACUGUUCUUUCUAAAACAAUAAGACAUGGCCAGAUUCCUGCUUCAAGACCUCGUGCGACGUUGAAACUUCCGUCAGCGAGGAAUUAUGUGGGUGUGGUCACUCCAUUUCUUGAAACUUAUGUUGGUAUCCCAAAUUCAGUGAAUAUUUCUCUUACCGAACCAAUGGGCCCACCAACGGAUGUGCAGUUAACAUUCCAUUCUCCGACCUCUACCACAAUUUCUUUCACAGCACCACGGCAAACGAACCCUGACGUCGAGAACAAAGGAUGCCAGCUUCCAAGAUUUAGCAAGAUUCCUGUUCUUGUUCAGAACCAAUGGGCCCACCAACGGAUGUGCAGUUAA